AUGAGGAGGGACAAUGAGAGCACUGUGUCUGAGUUCAUCCUCCUGGGCCUUCCCAUUCCAGUAGAGGACCAAGCUGCAUACUCUGCCCUGUUCUUUGCCGUGUACUUGACAACUGUGCUGGGGAAUCUGCUCAUCAUCCUGCUCAUCAGGCUGGAUUCUCACCUUCACACCCCCAUGUACUUCUUCCUCAGUCAUUUGGCCUUCACAGACAUCUCUUUCUCAUCAGUUACAGCUCCAAAGAUGCUCAUGAAUAUGCUGACAAAUAGUCACUCCAUCUCAUAUACUGGGUGCAUUUCCCAGGUUUAUUUUUUCUUAUUUUUUGGAAGCAUUGACAGCUUUCUUUUGACCUCCAUGGCCUAUGACAGAUAUGUGGCCAUAUGCCACCCUCUGCACUACACUAGGAUCAUGAAUCAGAACCUCUGUGUCCUAUUAGUAAUUGUGUCCUGGAUCUUGUCUAAUGCCUGUGGCCUUGUACAUACCCUUCUCUUGACUCGUCUAUCUCAUUUUAGAGAUAAUACAAUCCCCCACUACUUCUGUGAUCUCUCUGCCUUGCUGAAGCUGUCCAGCUCAGACACCACCAUCAAUGAACUGGUCAUCCUUCCUGUAGGUACGGUGGUCAUUACCGUGCCAUUCAUAUGCAUUUUGGUCUCUUAUGGUCACAUUGGAGUCACCAUCCUGAAAACCCCCUCCAUCAAGGGAAUCUGCAAAGCCUUGUCUACAUGUGGUUCUCAUCUCUGUGUAGUUUCUUUGUACUUUGGAGCCAUUAUUGGCCUUUACCUAGUCCCUUCAUAUAAUAACACUAAUGACAAGGAUGUCAUUGUGGCUGUGAUGUAUAGCCUGGUCACACCCAUGCUGAAUCCCUUUAUCUAUAGUCUGAGAAAUCGAGAUAUGAAAGGAGCGCUGAGAAAUAUCCUCAGCAGAACAAAAUGA